UUUAAUUUUUAUCCGAAAGUUAAGAUGAAUCCGCAAUUUGCAAUGUAUUUCAAUCGUUUCAAAUAGACUGAAAACUAUAGAUACAUAAUACAUCGACUGAAAAUAUGACAUCAUGGCUGAGCGCCUCCGGAAAAUAGCCCAACAGGUGAAAGACAAAAUUCAUAUAUCACAAUUAAAUGCAAGUAGUAGAGAAAAGGUGGAUCAACUCCUAACCAAAUAUGUGCCGGCUAAUAAAGUAUCCGAGAUUGCUGAAAAAUUUAAGCAUGAAAGUAUCACGACCAAAGUGAAGGAAUUAGUCUCCAAAUAUGAGAAGUUUACAGGUAUUGAAGAGAUAAUGGCUAUACAAAACACUGUUGUGGAAGCUCAGGACAGGUUUGUGGGUGCUCAGGAUAGAAGGCGUGAACUCGGGCGGGAGUUGGCAACAAUUGAGUCCAGGCUUAAAGAACUGCAUGCAGAAAUGCAGAACACUAUGAAAGGCGAUGACAAAUAUCUUCAUUUAUGUACAGAGGAACAUAAGCUGAUAAUACAAGAGCGAGCGAUACGCAGCCUCUUCUCAAAAGCAGAGAGAGAAGAGAGGGAGCUAUUCGCGACGAUGUCCGCCGCUGUGAAGUUGGGCCACGAGCGGGAAAGGGCUCAUGCUGAGAGGAACAAGUACUGGUACAUCGUCGCGUCUAUAUUAGGCACAGUGCUGGGUAUAGCGGGUUCGACCAUAAACAACAGACUCAAGAUGGCGGAGUUUAGAGAGAUGAUGGAACAACAGAUGGCGCGAAGUGCGAGCGUGUUGUACUCAAUAGCGGGCGGUGGCAACACUAACAGUGUGGACAUCACGGCAGCUAUGAAAACUGAGUAUGCUUAUCAGGAACAACUUGCCAGUAAUUUAAGUUUGAUGCAGGAAAAUAUUAAUAAUCUCGUCAGUAAGCAGUCUUGCCUUAUAGAGCACAUACAUCACCAAGAGCAUGCAAUAGCAACACAAAUAAGGGACUUAAAGAAGCUUAUCGCAGCCUCUGCCCAGAGCAGCGCAAAUUCUGACGCCGAAUUGGCCAAAGCGCUGUCAGACGUCCACCACGAGUUAGACGAGGAACAGAAACACUGGGAGAUAAACCAAAUCCCCACUCAUCCAGCCAAUCAAAUUGUGACAUAUGUCGGCAUUUUGUUGUGUGUCAGUUUCAUUUUGGGAAAUAUCAUCGGGAAGGUCAGCUGAUUGGUCGGGUUCACUUUUUUCAUUUUGAGGGUAGGUCUAACUUUCGCAGGGAUAUGGUCUUGGACGAAUUAAGCACUACACGCAACCCAAGCUGUCUUAUUUAAAAACCCGAUGUAAAGUUAUUCCAAGUCUAAAAUCACAUCUACAGGAUCUUCUUUACAGUAAUUGAUAACCUUUUCAAGUCCAAUAUUUGCAUAUUUGGAAAUUAACUAGAGAUGUCGCUCUUUCAAAUCUAAAUAACGAAUAAAAAAUGACAAGUGAAUAAUCUAAUCAUAUAAUCCAACCUAAAUUGCACUCUCGAUACAAAUACCGUGCUAGCGUACGCAAUUAUACAGGACUUUAAAAAAAUCCUGUACUACAUCUUAAGGCGUAUAUUGGUAUCAUGUAUCAAAUAAAUAUUGAUUUUCAGGAAAUCAGGACAUAAAAAAAGUUGGCCUGCAGCCAUUUUAAUUAUUCUUUGCCCACACACCCAUUUCAUUCAUGUACCAUGAGAAGGGGCGGGCGGGCGGCGGCAAAAACGAAAGUUUUGUAUUAAUAAUAAACGCCCGCCUUAUUCGUUUGAGCCGCCGCGCCGCGCAGCUUACGCAGAUUUUUGAAAACUAAAUAUGAUAUAUUAUUUUUACUGUAGCAUUUAUUCUUAAAUAUGGAAAACGAAAGUAUUCAUACAAAUACAGAAUUAAUAUUUGUUUAGUUACUACUUGGAGUUUAUUUCUUAAUUUCUUUGGUUAAGUUUUAGUAAUCAGCUUGUUGUCACUAGCCGCUUGUAUAUUUUUUGUUAAUUUAACUAUUUCCCCCACGACACAGGCAACGCCUAGUAUGGGGGUUAGUAUAAAAAGUUACUGUGUACAUAUACUUUUUAAAUAUGCGAUAAAUAAACUUUUAUUUAUUUUUUCGAAAGAUUGCUUAUAUAUUGGGUUGAAAUUGUACUUACAUGUGGCAAUUCACAUUUUUUAACACAAAAGUGCACCAAUCUCGUGUCAUACUAUUUUUAUUACUGGGGCUAUUAGGCUCAGUAACCGGUCCUCGAAACGUGUCCUGCAAUUAAUUCGUCCAAGAUUAAAGGUUAGAUAGCAUUUUUGAACACCUGUGUACUCCCAAGUGUAAUAAGUGAUAACCUGUAUGAAUGCAGUUAACUAACGCUUUGAUUUAAUUUAUGUCUAAUAUGCAGUUAUAAUUAUAUAUAUUAGAUUUUAGUGAUAUAAUUUUACAAGAAAAUGUAGUUUGAAAAAUAAAUUAUAUAUUUUUGUUGUUAUUUUUUUAAUACAAAGGGUCAGUGUUUGUCAUUUUAAUUAACUGUGUCUGUGGUUAUAGGUUAUAUCAUAAUUUGUGGCUUGUGUGGGUACAUGCAAUAUGAAUACCUAAGUAUUAUGUUCUACGAAAAUAUUUAUACUUAUACAAGACAAUCGAAUAUUAAAAGGUCGUCAAAAAUGUCCGAGCGGCCUUGUAUAUAGGUACGUAUAAAUUAGUUUAAACUUGACAGAUAACAGUAAACAUUCAUUCAAAUCGACACCUUAUUUCGUGCCAGUAAUGAUCAAAGUCGCUCUAUACGCUAUACGCUCAUUGGAAGUAGCAACACUAAGUCAUGCACUAGAACGCGGGUGGACGCGAACACGAGGCAAGAACAUUUUAAUGAAGUUAUACUUCUUUAGGCGCAUAAUGAAAAAAUGAUGAGAGUGAAGUUUUAAGAUGCGCGCGCAUCACUGUAACACAAAAGUAACAGGUUGAAGUUGGUUCCUAAAAAUUUUUGACGUUUUUUUUUGGUUUUUCAUCCAUUAUUAGGACAGGCAAAGGGUUUAAGCCUAUACACCCGUAUUUAUUAUUUAAUAAUUAAUUGUCAAAGCCAUCUUUGCAAGAUUUUUACAAAAUUGUUCUUUCUAAAAACGUAGAAUAGCACGAGGAAUAAAUCAUUUUAAUGAUUUUUUCUUCGUUAGGCAAAAGAAGUUUAACUUCUUGCGUGCAAACAUAAGUACACACACUUUUUUUAAGAAGCUGGUUCCGCCCUAUUCACCUAUUACUGGGACGCUCUUUUGUAAGUUGUCUGACAGUACCGUAGUUGCAUAAACUAUCAGCUAUUUCUAAUCUGACUGCUGCAAGAUUAAUCAAGAAUUGGUAUAUGACCCUUUUUGCAGUAGGUAUUGCAACUAUGUACAGAACCCAGGCGUUUAUGGCAGUAAAGUAAAUCAAGGAGGUGAUGAAAUAUGUGCAUUUUUUUAAUGACAUUAAGGGACGAGACGAGCAGAAUGUACAGCUGUUGGCCUACGCCCUGCCCAUUACAAUGCAGCGCCGCUCAGGAUUAUUGAAAAACCCAAAACUUCUGAGCGGCACUACAACUGCGCUAAUACCUUGAGACAUAAGUUUUGUCAAGUCUCAUUUGCCCAGUAAUUUCACUAACUUUACUGCUUCACGGCUGAAAUAGGCGCCGUUGUGCGCAUGUACCACUUUCGCGUUUCAUCCAUAUUCCGUACCUGCCUAGAAAGGAAUUCAUGAGAUACACACUCCUCAUAUGGUCGUUGUAUUCUUUCACAACUUUUGGGCGAGUGAUAGAACCUUUCUUUUUUGAACCUUACCUAUCAUAUACUUCUAGCAGUUGCCCGCACUUUGCGACUACGCCUGCGGUAUCUAGUUGGAGCGCAGCGGAGACCAAUCCUUUACCUAAGAUCGAUGGCUAAGUCACUUCCCUUAAUAUACAACUAAUAUAAUAUUAAAACCAUCAAAUCGAUAAAUUAAAAUAGUAAAAUAAUUAAUGCAAUUUUCAAUUUUGGGACAAUGAGCAUUUAAGGGUUAACAUUUAUAAUAGGUAUAAUCAUAAUAAUGGAAUGCGGACUUGACUAAUAAAAAAUAUUUGUAAAUAAUAGUCUGUGGUAACUAAAAUUUCUUUGUAUAUUAUAGUUUGUAAGUGAAUUGCUAAAUUUGUAAAAUCACAAUAAAUUAUUAAUUACGUUAA